AUGGAUCCGAUUAAGUAUGUUUUCGAGAAACCUGCAGUAACAGGGCGGAUGGCUCGUUGGCAAAUGCUGUUGACUGAAUAUGAUAUUACAUAUGUAACGAGAAAAGCCAUCAAAGGGAGCAUUAUAGUAGAAUAUUUGGCUGAUAGGGCCGUUAAUGAUUACCAAUCCAUGGAGUUUGACUUCCCAAAUCAAGAUAUUGAUUCAAUUGAUCAAGAAAAGGAAGGUAAUGUUAGGUGGAUGAUGCUAUUUGACGGGGCAACCAACAUAUGGGGGCAUGGAAUAGGGGCUGUACUCAUAUCACCAGAGGGUAAAUAUUACCCAGUCACAGCCAAACUCACCUUUCCGUGUACCAAUAAUAUAGCUGAGUAUGAAGCGUGCGUAUUGGGCUUACAGGCAGCUAUUGACCAAGGCAUUAAAAAAUUGAUUGUAAAAGGAGAUUCCGCUUUGGAAUUCGAUACUAUCAGUUUUUCACAUUUACCGAGAGAGAGUAACUUAAUCCCUGAUGCGCUAGCAACAUUGGCGGCUUUAUUUAAGGUUGAGUCCGGAAUAGAGAUUGAACCCAUUCGAAUAAGGAUGCAUAGGGAACCUGCAUAUUGUAUAAUGACGGAAGAAGUUGAUGGGAAGCCAUGGUUUCAUGAUAUCAAAACAUACAUUCAAUGGAAGGAGUAUCCCAUAGGAGCCUCUAAUAAUGAUCGAAAGACAAUUCGAAGGCUAGCUAUGGGAUUCUUUUUAGAUGGGGAGAUAUUGUAUAAAAGGAACCAUGAUAUGACCCUCCUACGGUGCGUGGAGUUGCAAGAGGCAAGACAAAUCAUACAAGAAGUACACGACAGCGUUUGUGGGACCCAUGCGGGAGGACACUCGUUGGCCCGAAAAAUCCUAAAGGUCAGUAGGAUACUAUUGUAUACCAUGGAACGGGAUGGUCAUAGAGUCUAUGUAUUCGAAAAGUGCCAUAAGUGUCAAAUCUACAUGGUAUAUCGCAACAAGUCGCACCCUCCUCACAACUUCCAGUUAUUCUACAUGCACUUGCCUUUCUCAGCAUGGGGCAUGGAUUUUGAUCGUACCGAUAACCCCAAAGGCCAGUAG